AAAGUUUCUUGGGGGUAACUGCCCCUAUGCUGCGUAUGGCCAUCAUCGAAUUGUUCAUUCAAAGUCAAGAGACAUGAUACAUGAGACAUCGCAACUGACCAGGAAAUAGACACUGUACACGGAAAUAUCAUGCAGAAGUCAUCAAACUUAUACCCCAGUCAGAUCGGUGAAAGCAAUCCCAAACCGACAAAAGAUACUGCCGCGUGAUUACCAGUGCCAGACUAUCGAUCGAUUUGGAGUAACUUCGUUGGUGGAACUGACAUCUUAGUUAGAUUUGCACUCUUAACCAUGUUAACCAUAAACAAACUUAUGAGUGAACGCGGCAACUUGUUGCGGUAAGACAAUGAUUACAAUAAUUUAUGCAAACCGACCCUCUUCUCCCCGAAAAUUAGAAUUGCACCCUAAUAUAUGACCAUGACGUACUUCACUGAGUUUCCAAUAAGUUCUGGUGAACAGGAUUUUACUUCUGGGGAAGACGAACUAACCGUCAUUCAUAAAAGAGACUUCUCCUUGACAGGACGUGCAUGGAAGGAGAAUCGCGGGCAGGAGAGAGAGAGAGAGAGAGAGGCAGGGGAUCAUAUGCAAUGAUAGCAUUGUGUUUUUCAUUCAAAGCCUGACGAAUUAUAAUACACAAUUUCCUCAUUGAAAAUUCGCCAUCACGUUAAGAGAGAUAUCUCUCAUAUUUGAAUUUUAGUUUCGAAUCUUCGAUGGUAGUACAAAGCCACCUAGGUGGCACUACGGAGUCAGUUUCAUCACGAGUAUAUCAAUGAUUUUUACGACGCCAUCUGACAUGGCAUCCAACGCGACGUCGUUGGGCGGGCUCGAAGAUGUCGAGAAUGCUUCGAUCCUGACAUCGAUGUCCGUCUCACCGACGCUGUACGAUCGUAAUCGUGGUCUGACGGUCGACCAUUCCCCGUCAUCGGCUGUGGCCAUCAUCGAAGGCAUCACGAUGGUUAUCAUCUUUGUUGGGGCGCUUUUUGCCAAUCUCAUGGCAAUCGUCACCAUUCUGACUGAUAAGGUUUUAAGAAAGAACUUUCACAAUCUGCUUAUUCUGAACCUUACCGUGGUUGACCUGGGCGUGACGAUCACGAGCAUGACCUUCUCUAUCUGGUCCAUCUAUGACAACGGUUAUCUUCUCGUGCACAGUGAUAUCCUAUGCUCGAUCAAUGGUUUUGGCGCCGUUCUCUUCACCUUCGCCAACUUCACUACCAUCCUCGCCAUCUCUGUGGACCGCUACUUGACCGUGGUCUGGUCAAACAGGUUUCCCCCGACCAAAUGCCGCGCCGUUGGUUUCAUCGCCUUCUGCUGGUUCCUCCCGAUCAUCAACGUCCUUCCUCCGGCCUUCGAGUUCCUCUCCGAUUUCAAGUUCCACCCAGAUACUCACCACUGCUCGCCGAAGUGGGACGAUUGUCUCUAUUUCAUCAUCUGGUUCACCUUUAUCUUUGGUGUGACGGUGCCCAUCAUGACGUUUUCGUACAUCUCUGUCAUAUGGACGAUCAGACGGCAGGAAUUGCAGCUAAGAUCUCACGCUGCAUUCAAGAAAGGCAAGAGCAGCAACAGCAAACAAACGAGUGAUAGCGGCGUGGUCAACGUCUCAAUGGACGUGGUCAGCAACGAAGGCUUGUCCUCGGCCGAUUGGCCAAAGACUUCGGACGAUCUCGGAACUACCGAUUAUGACGUCACAGAAGAUGACGAGGUGACCGGAGGAGUCGGAAUGAAAGAACACGUGAUCGCUAAGCCCGAGAAAAAGAAGAAGAAGAGACAGCAACUUCUCUACAAAUUGGAUAAACUCAGUGCGGAUAAACGGGUGGCCGUCACAGGUAUUCUUCUGGUAAUGACGACCGUUGUGUGCUGGACGCCAUAUUUCAUCAUCCAUUCUUGCUUUAUACCGAUCGAUCCAUCUCAUUGGCUGGGCGUGGUCAGUAUGUGGCUUGGAUACUCUAACUCCUUGCUCGAUCCACUCGUUUAUUCGUUCAUGAACCGACGCGUGCGCGCUAGAUACCGCUCGCUGAUUGGUUGUCGGAUUGAUUGGAAGGCCUUGCGUACCCGAUUGGCCAGUAUUUUCCGGAGGGGGUGAGGACGAUGCUACAGACUGAACUACAUCAGAUCAUUCUGGUGUGGUUUGUUAUGCGAGGUUUAGCGCCAAGUCUUUGCUAUAUCCGGUAGCCUUGUCUUGCUGUAGGUCCAUGUCGGUGUAUAUAAUAGAAGCUCAGUAUUUUCCGGAGGGGGGGGACAGUGACAGCGAUGUCAUUCACGGUGAGAAAGCGCAGAAAAAAAGUAUUUAGUAGUAUUACAUUAUU